GCAACAAGCCACAAAAAAUUAAAGACAAAUAAGCGGCCGCGCCCCCUUCCCUUCUUUUUCAGUAAUGUCAUUUAUUCUUCGCACAUCAACUACCAAAGCUGCCUUGUGCGUUACUCAGGUUAUUAAACGAUCAGCUCAUAAGAAGGCAAAUAUUCAAGUGAGGUUAACUCAACCCGUUGACGGGUUAGGACUUCGAGGCCAAGUUGUGAGCGUGCGACCUGGUUUAAUGCGUAACUUUUUGUUUCCUGCCAAAAAAGCAACUUAUAUUAGCAAGGAUUAUAAUCCUGAACAAGAGGAGGAAGUAAUUGACAAUGCUCAACUAGAACAGGAAAAAGAAGAGGCAUUAAAGAGAAGAGAGAUGGCUACAAAGAAGGAUGAAGAGCUAUUACAUAAUUUAAAGGGUGUGUAUGAAAUCAAGUUUAGUAGAGCAGUUAUACCAGGCAGUGAAAAUACGUUUGGAUCAGUUACAGUGGAGGAUAUUGUUCAUAAAUUGAAAGCAGAGUAUGAUAUUACUGUCGACAAAUCAAAUAUUCACGUAAAGACUGAGGGUGGACGUAUCAAGGCUUUGGGUCCUCAUUUGGUUACCCUUCAUGUUGGUCAGCAAAUCACAGAAAUUACUGUGAAGGUUGAACCGACAGCAUAGAUACAAAAUAGAAUAAACUCCGUGUAUACAAUGUUUCCAGAAAGUAAAGUUGCACCAAGU